CCAGGCAGUCUGUCAGCAUGGAGGUGGUUUGGAUUUUUUAAAACUUUGAAUCAGUUUUUGUGCACAAAGUUUGAGAGUAGCUGAUGAAGUUCUGCGAGAAGCUCUGUGUGAUUCUGACACGUGAUGGUGGAAGACGGUGAGAAAAGUGCUGGUGUCGGUGCUGACGCUCUGAUCGUCGCUAAAACUACACUGAGAGUUUGCCGGACACCCACUGGACAGUGUGUAGACUGUGAAGCUUUACACCUGUGCAAGUAUUUGGUUUGUGGGAACUGUAUCAGGGAUAAAUGCAAAAACCCCCACUCCUUGGAUUCCUCUCACAACUCAGCUCUCCUAAAAAAACUGGGACUCCAGCAACUUGGAGAGAAGGCGCUUUUCCAGCUCCUGAUGCAGAAUGACCCCUGCCUCCUGCCAGAGGUUUGCACCCAAUAUAACAAGGGGAAUGGCUGUAAGUAUCAGACGUCCUGCACCAACCUCCACGUCUGCCAACACUUCCUACAGGAUGACUGUAAAUUCGGUGCUGACUGCAAAAGAGCUCAUUCCUUUGACGACACUGAUCAGAAAAUCUUUAUCAGUAGAGGACUCAGUCUAGAAAACAUUAUCAACAUUCACAAAAUUUAUAAAAACAGGUUUAUGAUCCAUUCUCCUGAGAAAAAACCACCUAGUCCUAAUUUUCCGGCUAAAAAAGUGAGACUUACUAAAAGAGUAAGUCCCAGAACAGUUGCUAAAGUCAAUCCAAAGCCUGAAAUUGAACGUGAACCAAACGAGAUUUGCCUUUUGUUCAUUCGCAAAAGUUGCAGCUUUAAAGAUAAGUGUGUUCAUAUUCAUCACCACUUGCCAUAUAAAUGGCAGAUUUUAGGUAAGAAUGGAUAUAGAUGGAAAGACUUAAGAAACGGAGAAGCAAUUGAGAGAGCCUUCUGUAAUCCAGCUAAUGACAUGAGUCCAGGGCCUCAGACUGUUAACUUUAUCUCCAUGACAUGUGGAGGGAGCAAAGUUCGUCGCCUGUCCACAGCAUCAUCCAUUACCAAACCCCCUGAUGUCAUUCUGACCACUGAGUGGCUCUGGUACUGGAAAAAUGAAAGAGAAGAAUGGAGUGAAUAUGGACAGGGGGAGGAUGUAAAGCUGGCCACUCCUCUCACCUCUCAGACACUGGAGAACAUUUACCAGUCGAAUGUGCAGAGCGAAGUUCCUGUCAGUUCUAAGAAACACUCAUACAUGCUGUACUUGAAGGACAUGUAUCAGAAAAACUUUCAGUUCCAAACAAAAAGAGAGAUUCGAAGAAGGCCCCGGUUUGUCUCUGCUCUAGAGGUUAAGAGCAAGCUAAAAAGUGAAAGCUCUAGCUCCUCUGUGUCAGUUCCUGCUCAUUGGGAUAGAGGAGCUUUACCCAACCUCUCAUACAGGUUGGUUCCCCUGUCUAGGACAGAGGCUGAAUUCCGCAGGCUAAAGACACUCUUUAAAAGGACCAUGCCGGAGUACAAAAUCAACAGCAUUCAAAGGAACCAGAACAGCUCUCUGUGGAAGGCUUUCCAGUGGCAGAAAAACCAGAUGAAGAAACGGAAUGGGGGAAAAGAAGUGUGUGAGAAACUCUUGUUUCAUGGCACAAAGCAAUCACUAGUGAAUCGCAUCUGCAAGCAGAACUUUGACUGGAGUCUUUGUGGGGUGAAUGGCACAUUAUAUGGAAAAGGAAGCUAUUUUGCCACAGAAGCCUCCUUCUCUAAUUACUACGCCAAAUCUACAGACAUCAGCAAGGAGAUACUUGUGGCACGAGUUCUGGUGGGUCAUUACGCCACAGGCCACAGCAGUCUUGUUCAUCCUCCUCGUAAAAGCAAUGGCUUCUAUGACAGCUGUGUGAAUAACUGCUCUAAUCCCAAAAUUUUUGUCAUCUUUAAUAAGUACCAGAUUUACCCUGAAUUCAUCAUAAAAUAUACUUUGGGGGAUGUUUGAUUUAAAAAAAAAAAAAAAAAAUGUUGAGACUCAUUACAAGGGGGUAUACAAAGCACAUACUGUAAUGAAGAAAUUCAAAUUCUAAUUAGUACAGUAUUUUAUAGUUCCAAUAUGACAUUUAUCGUAGAUGCUUUGAGGGUACUUUGAGGCACUUUCUCAUGAUUGCUCUGUUUUUGUUUUGUUUGCUACACUAUGAGGGUACCUUAGAGGGUCCACGAGUCCUGGCAACCAAUGAUAUGGGCAUACAAUUUAAAAGCAUAAAGUCCACACAUUUUGAAUCAAUGCCAGGGUUUUUUGGCACUUGGCCUCUGUACACCACCACACAAAAUUUGAUAUUAAACAUGAUAUGAGUAAAGUUUCUUGAGAUGCUGUGCCAGUAGUUUACUGCAGUUUACUGUAGCUGCUGCUUGGUAAUGGGUCGUGACUUCAGUAAGUAAAAAGCAUUCUCUACUGGGUUGAGAAUUUCUUUGCCUUGAUAGUCUCCGGUAGCUUUCACUGUAUGCUUUGACUCAUUUUCAAUUUGCAGUAUCAAGCAGUAUUCAGCAUUUGGACAAAUCUACUUUUAUCAGCAGUCAGAUCAUCUGUAUCAUACUUUUCUGUAACUUUUUUUUUGUUAGCUAUUUAUUUUUUUGUACAAGUUUUCCCGCAAAGUCCUAUUUGGCUGUUUUACUUUAAAACGUUGGCUCUUGACUUUAACAAUGACACAUCUACCUCCUCAAGAGUGUUCUUGACUUGGCUAAACAUGAAAAGGUUCUUCUUCACCAUAAACAGGAUUCUGUGGUCAUCCACGUUAGUUGCCUUUCGUAGUUGUCUUCAAGUUAAUAAUUUUUUUAGGAAUGUUCUGAACUGUUGUAUUGGCCACGCCCAAUGUCUUCAAGUUAAUUAUUUAGUUCUAGGAAUGUUCCAAACUAUUGUAUUGGCCACGCCCAAUGCCUUGUUUCUCUGAUGCUUUUUUUCAGCCUAAUGAUGGCCUCCUUCAUUGCAUAGAAACCUGUUUGGACCUCAUGUUGCGAGUUUGAGCGAAUAGCUACCAAAUGCAAAUGUAACACUCAGAACACCAGGCCAUGAAACUGCUUAUCAGCCAUUGGUCCCAUUAUUUAUUCGUUUCAAAUUCAGUGUGGUGGUGUACAGAGGUCAAAAAUAAUAAUUUUUAAAAAAAUCAUUGUUCCAAACUGCAUGGAGCUGACUAUCUGUGCUGAUGCAUUUGUGUUGUAAAAAAAAAAAGAAAGAAAAAAAGGUAACUGGUAUAGAUAGAUAAGGGAUACUUAAACUGUAGUUUUUUUAAUUAUUAUUAGCAUAAAAAGCACUGGAUUGUUUGCUAAACCUGGUAGGUAAUUUUAAUUGUCCCGAGGCUCUCCUGCAAGGGGCUUUUUACAUAUUAAAAAAAAGAUAUAGACUUUGCAGUACUCAGCUGUAGUUCAUUUAAAAACAAACAUACACUAGUAAGAGCCUUAUUGUGUUUUUCAAAAAGGUUAAACUAAUGGGUUUAUGUGUUACUUCAAACACUUAUACUAAUUAGAGGAAUUUGUUUAUAUUGUAGAUCAAAUUAAAGAUUGACUGGGGAUUAUUGUAACAUUUAAGUAUUUGAAUGCAAUCGCAAAAAUUAAAG